ACGUCAUCCCUGUGCUUUCUUGACUCUGAGCUUAGCUGCAAUCAUGGCAGUAGCUAGGGGACCAAAAGUUUGAUCUGUUGGGUUUGGAUAUUUGAUAGAUAAUUAAGAGCCAAUAACUUUAGAAGUCAUCUGCUCCUUGUUUGUUGAUAUGGACAAAUCCAGCAUCUUGCAUUUCAGUCUCCUUGUGUGUUGGGACUGGUUACAGAGAAUGUCGUGAUGAGCACCUGCACUGUUUUUAUUUGAAAACAAAAACACCAAGAUGGCAUCUGCAACAACAUACACCUUCCCUUAUGAACAAGUCUGGGAAGAGCCUGAAACCCAUUCUGAGGAGUUGAGAAUCAGCAGGAUGAAGUUAUCAGAGGAAGCACGAAGGUAUCGUUCUCUUCAAACAGACCUGGAAGAACUGGGCGAGAAGGAUGGUUCUGAGCUAGAAUUUCCUCCGAGUGGUCUAGAUAAAGAAGAAAGUGUACUUGAUGCCACGGACCAGGAAACAGUGGUUUGUGAAGAGGAAAGCAGAAAAAGCCUGUGUUCCAGUGUGGCUGUAAAGAAGAAGAGAAAGAAAAGGAGACCAGUGAUAAAUCUGACUAACUGCAAGUAUGAAAGUGUGCGACGGGCUGCCAAGCUGUGUGGCCUCCGGGAAGCAAGUGAGGUUGAUGACUGGACCCUAUAUUGGACAGAUUAUUCUGUUUCACUGGAUCGAGUGUUGGAAAUGAAAAGUUACCAGAAAAUCAACCAUUUCCCUGGGAUGUCUGAAAUCUGUAGAAAGGACCUUCUGGCUAGGAAUAUGAGCAGGAUGUUAAAGCUUUUCCCCAAGGACUUUAACUUCUUUCCCAGAACCUGGUGUCUUCCUGCUGACUAUGGUGAACUGCAAGCCUUUGGCAGAUCAAAAAAGCAUAAGACGUAUAUCUGUAAACCAGAUUCUGGCUGUCAAGGCAGAGGCAUUUUCAUUACAAGAACUGUAAAAGAUAUCAAACCUGGGGAGGAUAUGAUCUGCCAGCUCUAUAUCUCAAAGCCUUUUAUUAUUGAUGGUUUUAAGUUUGAUCUUCGUGUUUAUGUGCUGGUGACGUCAUGUGAUCCCCUACGAGUUUAUGUUUAUAAGGAGGGUCUUGCACGCUUUGCAACAUCUGCAUAUUCAGAACCAUCACAUAGCAAUUUGGAUGACGUCUGUAUGCACCUGACUAAUUAUUCAAUUAACAAGCACAGUGCUAAUUUUGUACGAGACGAAGACUCUGGUAGCAAGAGGAAGCUGUCCACCUUUAAUAACUACAUGGAGCAAAAUGGCUAUGAAACAGAACGGAUAUGGAAGGACAUUGAAGAUGUUGUUGUUAAAACAUUGAUAUCAGCCCAUCCUAUCAUCAAGCAUAAUUAUCUCACCUGUUUUCCCAGUCACACCAUGUGGAGUGCUUGCUUUGAAAUCCUGGGUUUUGAUAUUUUAUUAGAUCGAAAACUCAAACCAUGGUUGCUUGAGGUGAAUCAUUCUCCAAGUUUCAGUACUGAUUCAUGGCUGGACAAAGAGGUUAAAGACCAACUUUUGUAUGACACUCUUGUUCUGAUCAACCUGGCAGCCUGUGAUAAGCGGAAAGUCUUGGAAGAAGAGAAACGAAGAGGGAAAGAGAGGCUUCUCAAGCAGUGCCGUAAUCCGGAAGCCAGGGAAUGCAGGAGAGCUUUGCAGCCUUCAGCAAAGCUAGGGAGUAAAGCAAGAGGAAAUCCACAAUUUCUGAUCGAGGAAUACAAGAACUGCCAAGCUGCCUGGCUCGAGCAAGCAGAGAAAUAUGAGGAAAAAAACACAGGAGGCUACCGUCGAAUUUACCCGAGCUCUGAUUCAGACAGAUAUGAUAAGUUUUUUCAACACAAUAAUUCCCUCUUCCAGGAAACAGUAGCUUCCAGAGCACGUGAGGAGUAUGCCAGGCAGCAGCUCCAGGAGCUGCGUCUCAAGAAGGAGCAAAAAGUGGCUCUGCUGAAAGAGAAGAAGGUUGAACUUCAGGGAGAAUCUAGUGGAGAAAAAAUCAAGAUCUUCAGGCAGAAGAUGGCAAGCAGAGCAAGUAUGGCGCCAGUCCCUGACCAGGUUUGUUCAGAAACUGGGCCUAGGACUGCCUUCCUACCUGACAAUUUUUCAGAUGUGCAGGAACCCAAGACAGAAGUGGCUUGUGAUUCUCAUGCCAUCGCCCAGUGUGAGAGCAAUGGGACAAACAACUGCUCAGAGCCCCCUGAAGAACAACCUGUGAGGCCUUACAGCUCAGUGCCUGAUCUUACCAGAGAAGAUUCAUCCACCACCCCGGAGCAGCAUAAUUCCAGUCCAGAACUGAGGAACACUAUUAGCAACCAUCCUUCUAUAACAGAUCUCCAGCCACCGGAUGGGUUUACAAAAGCAUGCGGUAAACAAAGCCCAUGCCAUCACAAACAUUUUCCAGCAAUGAACCAAUUCUGUGCAAGGAGUCCAAAAGCAAAAUGCAUGACCUGCUGUGAAGGACCAACUAUUAAAAGCGUUCACCCGUUUGGAGAAGAGUCCUUCCGGUUUCGUCUUAGAGGAAAAACAGCCUCCUCAUGUUCUGCUCUUCAGAAGAUGAGAACAAAAUUCUCCGAGACUGACAAAGAAAAACAAUGCAUCUUGGUCUCAGAAUUCUUCAGCAAGAUGAAUUAUGGACCAAUGGAGAGAGAUAUCAGGCUUCUCUUGGAACAGCAGUCUCUUCAUCUCACCAACAGAGCGCAAAGUGCUUCCCUUCCAAGAGAAAUUCUGGGCAGCAGGAGUGCUUCAUGCCACAGGCCAAGAAAAUACUACAAUGCUCACCUGGCUGCACAAAGGCCAGUGGUUACGCAACACUGCUUGCAAGACCUGCUGGUGAUCUCACGGCUGAACAACCAGCCAAGAAGAACCAAUGAUCUGACAUUUGGAGAGAGUCCUGUGAACAAGUAACAAGCAGGAUCUGGUCAAAUGUUUUCCAAACACAGGUUGCUGGAGCCUCCCAAGCAGUCCUUGGGAGAGGCAUAUUGAAAUUAUAUGAACUGUUCAACUAUGUCCAAUCUAUUGUACAGUUCAGUAUAAUCCCAUGUAAAGGAGCUUCUGUGCAGCCAACAAACUGUUGAUUAUAAAGAUAGUGAGUCAUUUUACAGUAAGUGCAUCUUCAGGUACUGAAAGCUCCCAGUUUUAAACUCUCUGCAAAAAUAUGUGGCUUAUUCUUUGCAAAUGGAAACAUUCUUUUCCUGAAAUUCCUAAGAUGUAUGCCGCAUACAGUGACUUUCUGAUACUACAGAGUUAAGUCUCCCGUACCACUUUUUAGGUCUGCAGAAGAGUAUGAAGUUCUACAUGGUUUUGCAGACUGAAUUGUAAAGACCAAACCUGAAGUGACUCAAGUCACAUCAUCUUCCUUGUCUCUUUCCUCCAAUGACUUUACAUGGAAAACGUCCUCAAAGGCUGCAGUAGGAAGCAAAAGGGUGAGAGGAGAGAGGCUGCUUAACCCUUCCUCCUCCAGCUAUCAUGCUAGGCAAAAUCUUCUGCUUUCUGGUAUGGAGGGAAAGGUACCUAGUCCCUAUUGUAUUCUCCAUGGUGAAAAAAGCAGUUUGAGAGGGUCAGUUCUGAGUAGAUAGACAUCUGGAAUUAAUGCAGUCCUCUUCCCCAACAUUUUGUUCUCCCAUUGCAGUUUCCAAGGCAACUUCCCACUUUAAAAAAAAUCAAGAGAAAGAGGAAUGUGACUGACAGCAUAUCAUGUCUAGUUUGGCUCUAAAUUCUUGAUAUUUUCAAAGCUGUUUGUUUCAGUAACCUAGAGAGAAUUUAUAAGGAAAGGCAGUUCACAAGUCGCAAUAAAGGACCACAGAUGGCAAAGAUGGGAACACAGAGGCAAUUUGCUUCCCCCACUGGAAUAAAACUGAAUCUUGUACAUCUUUCGAGUAUAUGUGUGAUGUUUCUGAUUGUAACAUAGCUGCUCUGAAUCCCUGGGAUUUUGCCAUAUCUGUCACAAUAGUCCUGUAUAUUUAUCUACUAAUUAUAUUUACCCUCUUCCCUCCAUCCCUGGUUUCCAUUCUCACAGUGCUGUUUGGCCGGAAAGUGGGGCAGAGUGGGCUUACUGUCCAUGGGAUCCCAAUGGUUUUAAAGCCUCUAAUGGCCUGCUAUAUUCUUGGCAUGAACAAUGGGCUGGUCGGGACAGUGUGAUUUCUAUGUAGGGUAGACUUCAGUAUUUGAAGCAAAGUCUCUGCAAUUGCAUGUUUAUCUUACUUCAAAUGAACAUUUAUAGUCAUGAUUACUAGGAGCCAAGGGACUGGGGCUUCCUGGCAGGCUUCAGAUUUCCUGGCAGUGCAGAAGUGUGAUUGAGGCUGUUAUAUUCAGUCCAAAAGAAAGCAUGGCAACAAUAAACACAAACUUUUCCUUAUAAUCUACCUCUUUCUCUUGCAGGUGCUAUGGCCAACAUAGUAAAGUAAAUGUGACAGUUUCAAAGUGUGCGUAAAAACACAAUAUACAGUAGCAAUUAUCUAGUCAGAAACACAUUGCAAAUGUGCAAAACAUUCUGUAUACCUUAUUCCAGUUAUCCUUACAACAGUAAUGGAGGCCAGGUAUCAUCUUUCUCUGCAUAAAGGUAGUACAGGUGUACUUUCAAGAGACAGUUCCAUAUAGGUUUUUUUCAUCAUACUACCCUGAGCACACCAAUUGCUUCUGAGUUCAGAAGCUAAGGAAGAUUGUUGGGUUGAAUUAGUACUUGUAUAGGAGAGCAUAAGAGAACA